UAAAGUCCAUGGAGUCUCUAGAAAGUCCAAGCAGGAAGUGCAGGAAGUCCGUGGAGACUUCAGGAAGUCCAGGUGGAAGGUUCCAGGAAGUCUGUGGAGACUCAGAAAGUCCAGCUUUCACCUGCCCUCCCAACAGCACCUACAGCACCUGUGGCCCACCUGCCCCCCCACCUGCAACAUCCCGGCUGUGCCGUCCAGCUGUGCUGCCAGCACCACCUGCGUGGACUCCUGUGUGUGCCACGAGGGCCUUGUCCUGGAUGCCAACAUCUGCAUCCCCCCCUCCGACUGUGGUUGCGUUUCGGGGGUCUCUUCCAUGGCCUAGGAGAGGAGUUCUGGGGUGAUCCCACCUGCACACAGCGCUGCGUGUGCGAUGCGGGCAGCGUCAGGCAGUGUGCCGGAAUUCCAGCUGCAGUGAGAGGAGGAGUGUCGGGUGCAGGAGGGAAUCCAGGAUUGUUAUCCCAAAGUUUUUGGGGUCUGCAGCGCUGUUGGAGCCACCCACUAUGAAACCUUUGACAGCAGGAGGUUCAUCUUCCAGGGGACAUGUGUCUACCUGUUCGUUGGGUUGUGUGAAGACAACCCAAAUUUGGUGGGGUUCCAGGUGUUGGUGCAGAAUGGCCGCCAGGGCGACGGGCACCUGUUGGCCAUUGCCGUGGUGACAGUCAAAGUCUACAACAAAACCAUUGGCAUCAGCAGGGAACAGCCUGGGAAAAUCAUGAUCGAUGAGCGGUUGGUCAACCUCCCAUAUCUCCAUGGUGACAAGCAGAUUGUUGUCUAUCGCCACGGGCAGGACGCAGUGGUAGAGACCAACUUUGGCCUUGUUGUUACCUAUGACUGGCGUGGCCAUGUCACCGUGACAGUGCCCGGCGCCUUCGCCAACGCCCUGUGUGGGCUCUGUGGGAACUUCAACGGCGCUGCCAGCGACGACAUGAGGAUGAGCAACAGCAACAUGGCAUCAGACCCGGAUGCCUUUGGGAGCAGCUGGAAGGUGCCGAUAUCCUGGGAUGCACUGAGAGAUCGAUGGUGGAAUGUUCCAGUGCCGCCACGGCGCCACGGCUGCAACAGGAGGUGUCCAGGAUGGGGUGUGAGAUUAUGUUGGAAAAGGAUGGACCCUUUGGAGCAUGUCAUGGCCACGUGGACGCCCAGCCGUACUUCCAGAGCUGCAUCCGGGACUCCUGCCUCUUCCCAGAGCAGGAAGAUGGGAUGUGUCCGAUCAUUGCCAGCUAUGCCAGCGUGUGCCAGGCUGCCGGCGUGUCCAUUGGGAGGUGGAGGAUGGAUAAUUUCUGCUCAGAUAUUCCCUGCCCUCCUAACAGCUCCUACAAGCUCUGCUCUAACACCUGCCAGCACAGCUGCGGUGCCAGCUCUGCCACAUGCCGAGGGCGGUGCCGCGAGGGCUGCGCAUGCCAUGAUGGCUUCAUGCUCAGCGGGGAUGAGUGUGUGCCCACAGCUCACUGCGGCUGCACCCACCACGGCGUGUACUACAAGGAGGAUGAGACCUUCUACCCCACAGAGCAUGAAGAGUGCCGGUGCCUCUCCAGCAGUGCUGUGGAAUGCCAAAAUAUUUCCUGUCCUGAUGGCAACCCUGGGAAGGUCGUUGAUGGCAUCUUCCAGUGUCCCCCGCCAGCAUCUGGCACCUGCGUGGCCAUGGGAGACAGUGCCUAUAUCACCUUCGACGGGGUGACCUUCAAUGUCACCGGGUCCUGCUCCUACAUCCUCAGCCAGACCUGCGCGGGUGACGUGACAUCGUUUGUGGUCACAAUUCAGAAGGAGGCCCAUAGGAAGGGGAAGGUUUCCGGGAUCCAAGCGUUGUCUGUGGAAGUCUAUGGGGUCAACUUGACCUUAACCCAAGGAAAAGGGGGAGAUGUCAUGGUGAAUUCAAUCUCUCACCAUCUCCCAGCCAUCCUGGGUGAGGGGCAAAUCCAGGUGUAUCCCCAUGGGACAGGGGUCCUGCUCCGCACUGACUUCGGCCUCAUCGUCCACUACGACCUAACCCAGCACGUGACACUCACGGUCCCCCAGACCUACCUGGGCCAGCUGUGUGGCCUUUGUGGCAACUACAACGGGCAACGUGACGAUGAUUUCCACCUCUCCAACGGCCAACUGGCUCUGGAUGCAACAGCCUUUGGAUCCGCAUGGAAAACCAAGGAUAGGCCUUGUGAAGACACCUAUCCUGCUGAGGAGUGUUCCACCUGCUCCAAGGAGAAGGUGCUGGUCCUCCAAAAACCCAACUACUGCGGCCUCCUCACGGCCCCUGAGGGGCCCUUUGGCUCCUGCCACAGCAUCAUUGACCCCACCCCAUAUUCCCAAUCCUGUGUCCAUAACUCUGUGUACCCCUGCAAGUCCCUGAAGUGCCGCCAAGGAGCGGUGCCGGCCCCGUGGCUCCGAAUCCCGCUGUGUCCCAGCGCUGGUGGCCACGUGCUGGGCAUGGGGGGAUCCCACUUCCGUACCUUUGACGGGCUAGAAUUCGACUUCCAAGGAACCUGCACCUACACCAUGGCCGAAUCCCAUGGGAAUGACCCCAGGCUGGAGCCCUUUAGGGUGGAGGCCAGGAGUGACAUCCGGGGCGGGAUCAGAUCCGUGUCCUAUGUCUCCGUCGUCAACAUCGACGUCUAUGGACAACGCGUGUCCUUCCACCAUAACGAGGACGGGAAAGUCCGGGUGAACGGGGAGCUGGCCCUGCUCCCAGUGUUCCUGGUGGAUGGGAGGCUCCGUGUCCAUCCCAGCGGGCUCCGCGUCACCCUGGACACAGAUUUUGGGCUCCGUGUCUCCUACGACUGGAACUGGCAUCUCUUCAUCGACCUCCCCAGCAGCUUCUUCGACCACGUCCGUGGCCUCUGUGGGAACUUCAACCUGCAGCCCCUGGACGACAUCCCGAGGCUGAGUUCUUUGGCAGCUGCCUGGCCGAGCUGUGCCGGAGAGCGCGGAGCGAGGCAAGUCCUGUGCCGGGUGCUGGAGACUUACGCGGCCACGUGCCAGAGGAGUGGGGCGACCGUGGGCGACUGGAGGACACCAGCAGGAUGCCCCGUGUGGCACCGCCUGCCCAGCCACCUGCUCGACCCGGAUGCUCCUUCCUCGUGUGCCCUGCCGUGCGUGGAGUCCUGUGUGUGUGACCGCGACCACGUGCUGAGCGCCGGGCACUGUGUUCCUGUGUCCCACUGCGGCUGCCACCGCGCCGGGCGCUACCACCGCCCGGUGAGGAGUUCUGGGGGGGACCCCUUGUGCCGCUCCUGGUGCCGCUGUGACCCAGAGCUGGGCAUGGUUGUGUGUGAGGAGGCCAGGUGUAAGUCAGGUGAGGUGUGUGCCGUGGUGGAGGGCUUCAGGAAGUGCGUGGCCACCAACCGCUCCAUCUGCGUGGCCACGGGGGACCCCCACUACACUUUUGAUGGGCACCGCUACGACUUCAUGGGCACCUGUGUGUACCUGCUGGCCGGGCUGUGCUCCCCUGACCCACCCUCGUCCUUCAAUGUCACCGUGGAGAAUAACCACCGUGGGAACAAGCGGGUGUCCUUCACCAAGGUGGUCAUGGAGGUGUUCAAUGUGAGCCUCAGCCUCAGCCAGGAGCACCCCAAGAAGGUCAAGCUCCGGGUGUCCCUGCGGGGUGUCCACGGCUUCAUCAGCACGGCCUUUGGCGUCACCGUCACCUUCGACUGGCACAGCUACGCCCGCGUGAUCCUGCCCAGUACCUUUGCCGGCGCCGUCUGCGGCCUCUGCGGCAACGCCAAUGGAGACCCCACGACGACUUUGUCACCCACCAGGGCCACCCUGCCCACAAUGAGACCCACUUUGGGGAAACUGGAAGGUCUCCGAGGUCCCUGGGUGCUCCCCAGGGUGCACCGAGGGCUGCCAGGGGUGCAGCAACACCAACGCCGCACCUACCGCGGGGACAAGCACUGUGGGGUCCUGGUGAAGAAACGGGGACCCUUGGCCACGUGCCACGAGGUCAUUGACCCCGCCCCAUUCCUGGAGGACUGUCUGUUUGACGCGUGUCUCUUCGACGGCCACCACGACGCCGUGUGCCAGGCCGUGGGCGCCUACGUCAGCGCGUGUCAGAGCCGCGGCGUGGCCGUGGGGCCCUGGCGCACACACGCAUUCUGCAGUAUGGGGCCUGUGUGCCCCCCGAACGAGCACUACGAGCUGUGUGGCCCCCCCUGCCCCCCGACCUGCCAGGACGAGUCCGGCCCGCCGUCCUGCCCCGAGCCCUCCCCGUGCUCCGAGGGUGUUUCUGCGAUCCCGUGCGGCUGCACUCUGGAGGGUCGUUAUUACCCCCGGGGGGCGCAGUUCUACCCCUCCCCGUCCUGCACCCAGCGCUGCGUGUGCUCCAGGGGGGGCACGUGGAGUGUGGACGGCGAGCGCCACGUGCUCCCCCUGUGGCUUGGGGGGGGCUCCCUGGGGGUCACCCAGGUGGGGUCCCACCGGCUGCUCCACGUGCGGGGGGGGCCCAAAAUCCUGUACGACGGCGAUUCCUACGCGGUGCUGACACUGCCUCCCGCGCAACAACCCCCACGCGGGCUCUGCGGAGACCCCAAAAUUUUGGGGACGCCCCCCGAACUGCACACACCGGACCCUGCGGGGACCCCCCGUGCCCCCCGGGGCGCUGCGCGGUGCUGGCGGACCCCGCGGGGCCCUUCGGGGGGUGUCACCGCGCGGUGCCCCCGGGCGCACCUGGACACGUGCGAGUCCAGGUGUGCGCGGGGGGGGGCGGAGGGGGCGAUCCCUGCCCGCAUUCAGGGAUACGCGGCCGCGUGUCAGGCGGCGGGGGGGGAACCGAGAGUGGCGCGAGGAGACGGGAUGUCCCCUGCUGUGCCCCCCCGCUCCCAGUACCAGCUCUGUGCCCGCACUGUGCCCGCACCUGCGCAGGUGUGUCGGCCCACCCCCCUGCAGCGGGCGGUGCUUCGAGGGCUGUCAGUGCUCUGA